GAUACCUUCCCAGGCUGCCCUGCCUUAUGGCUAAAGUGAAAAGGGAGGAAUUUGCGAUGUAGGUGGAGUUACUGUAGAUCAGAGGAUGGUGAGAGAAAAGGGUUUGAACAUGUGCAGAGAAGUGUGAGUAGUGAGGUCAGAGCUGCACUGGUUGUGGCUUAGCAGGGAGUGAGACACAGAGACAGUGCUGGGUUUUACAGAGGACAGAGACAGAGCAAAGCCGCAGAGGGCCACACAGCAGUGACAAAGAAAGGAAGUGUGAUAACCAGCUUGAGAAAUGACUGUGUAAAUUAUUUGUUGGUUUUUUUUUCCGCUAAGAGACGGGGGUUGUUCUUAAAUAGACAUGAAUGGUGAUAGCAGCAAACAGCGUUAUGUGUCAACCUUCAGGAUACACAUCAAGCCUUCCCAUGCAUCGUCUGCUGCACUAGGGAAUGGGACAGGAGCUAUUGACACCAGGAUCUCAGGCAAUGCUACUGAAACAGGGUUUCUUUCCUCUUGUAAACAUCUGGAUCGACCCGUUUUCAUAGAGGCCCUGGAGGACUGCAGUGUGGACGAAGGAAGUGACAUCAAGCUGCAUGGCGUCGUCACUGGAAGUCAGCCUAUCAAAGUGUCGUGGUUGCACAAUGGUGAAGUGGCCCGUUUUGGGAAUCCUUCUUUCAAUGGCAGGGAGGUGAAUUUUAUGGUGAGGGAAUGCUUGCCUGAAGAUGCUGGUGCCUACACCUGCUUGGCAGAAAACAGCGCAGGGAAGACAUCUUGCUGUGCUGCUGUGUUUGUCAAAGACUUUGAAACUAUGUAUGGUGUGCAUAGUCCCGUUUCAAAGAUUCCCAUUUCUGCAUCCAAGAGCAUCAUGGAAAAUGGAAAGCCACCGCAGUCUCAAAAAGAUGAGCUACAGAAGUUGAGAGGAUCCACUUGCACCUCGCCCACGGACUCUGACAAGCAGAGCCCAGUCUCAUCUCCAAGAGAAGUCAUCCCGAAGAAGAGAGCCAACUCAGGGACAGGUCCAGCAUUACAUGUUGAGAACCAUCCUCUGCAAAUUGAGGUGAAGGUGGGAGAAACUGCCCGUCUGACUUGUUGUUUCACUGGCAGCCCCCCUGUAGUGUCCUGUUGGAUCCGAAACAAAGAGCAGAUAGUGGAUGGUCCAGAGCUGUGGGUAGAGAAUACUGAUCAGAGCAGCACACUUGUCAUAGCAGAGGCUAAACCACAGCACACUGGUCGCUACACAGUUGUAGUUAAGGACCGUAAAAGCUCAGCACAACACACACUGACCCUUUCUGUCGUAGAGAGGCCAGAGCCUCCUGCCUCCUGCCCUGUGGUCUCCCUCAUCUCUGCCAGCAGUCUUGUGCUGUCCUGGUCAGGCCCCUGUUACGACGGUGGCAGUGCUGUCCUCGGUUAUGUGGUUGAGGUAAAAAGCCAAGGACCUGCAGAGCCUGGGGAUUGGAGUGAACUAACUGCCCAGUGUAAGAGCACUUCGUACAGAGUGUGCUCCGGACUGCAGCCUCAAGGGGAAUACUGUUUCAGGGUGAAGGCCUUCAACACAGUGGGAGUAAGUGAGCCAAGCCCAGUAUCAGCAGUGGUUAAGAUGGAGCAGAAAGUUUCACACAAACCAGAAGAAGAGGGCCCUCAUGAAUAUAGCACUGUCACGAUUGAUGAUUCCCACAAAGUCACAGAUCACUACAAUAUGCUGGAGAAACUGGGAAUGGGAAAGUUCGGCCUGGUGUUUAAACUAACCCACAAAGAGACAGGACGUGUAUGUGCUGGGAAGUUCUACAAAGGCCGACGUGCCAAGGAGAGAGAGGCUGCUCGCAAAGAGAUAGAGUUGAUGAACUACCUUCACCACCCCAAACUGGUUCAGUGUCUGGGGGCAUAUGAUCACAAGCCUGAGAUGGUCAUGGUAAUGGAAUUUAUAGCAGGCGGGGAGCUGUUUGAACGUAUUGUGGAUGACAACUUUGAGCACACAGAGCCUGCUAGUGUGCGCUACAUGCAGCAGAUCGUGGAGGGCAUCUCCUUCAUGCAUCAACAAAACAUAAUCCAUCUGGACCUCAAACCUGAAAACAUUGUGUGUGUUGACACCACUGGCACCUCCGUAAAGAUCAUUGACUUUGGAUUAGCCAGCAGGCUCGACAGCAACACGCCUCUGAAGGUCAUGCAUGGGACUCCAGAGUUUGUGGCACCUGAAGUGAUCAACUAUGAGCCUGUGUGUUUGGCCACUGACAUGUGGAGCAUUGGGGUCAUCUGCUAUAUACUACUGAGUGGCGAGUCUCCAUUCCAGGGUAACAGCGAUGCAGAGACCCUGGCCUUGGUCACAGCCGCCCAGUGGGAGUUUGAUGAAGAGAGCUUUGAUGAGAUCACAGACGAGGCCAAAAAUUUCAUCAGCUCCUUGCUUAACAAGGACAGCAGGCGGAGGAUGUGCUGUGAAGAGGCACUUGCCCACCCUUGGAUGGCAGCAUUUGACUCUGGAGAUCAUGCCACCACCAAGACUUUAUCAAAGGAGAAGAUGAAGAGGUUUCUAGCCCGGCAGAAGUGGAAGAAAGCAGGCAAGGCCAUGCUAGCCCUGAAGAGAAUGGCUCUGCUGUCUAAAAGUGAUGGCUCUGGAUCUCCUACCAGCCCUGGUAAUGUGUCACCCCUGACCCCGGAGACAGAGCAUGCCCUGCAGUCACUCGAGCGCAAGAUGCAGGAGCCACCGCAGUUCACCCAGACCUUGAAGGAUCAAACAGUAGCUCAGGGAUCCAGUGCCCGUCUCUCGUGUCACCUCACAGGAUAUCCUGACCCAGAGGUAGUGUGGCUGUGCGGGGAGGAGCCGCUGGUGGAGUCAUCCACUGUUCAGAUAGAAUAUGAGGAAGAUGGCUGCUGUACCCUGAUCCUAGUCAACGUUGGCCCAGAGGACACCAAUGUUUACACCUGCACAGCCACCAAUGACCAUGGGGAGAAAUCCUGCUCAGCCAAACUCACUGUUCAAGAGUAGAUUCAUUACAUCAGUAUGCACAUUACAUAUAGAUACAGAUAUAAGUAUAAAUGUAAUUUUCUUGAGGCUUAAACUGUUAUUUUAAUUCAAAAAGGGACAAAGCUGUACAUUAUGUACUGUGGCUGGAAACAUUUCUACAUGUUAUUGCACAAAAUGUAAUAUGAGAUGACUAUAUAGAUAAUGGUUGAUAUUUUUUCAUAGGAUCAUGAUAUGGUUAUACACUGUCUUUGACAAACUGUCUUUAUUUCUUGUUUCAGUGAGAAGUUGUUUCAGAUAAAACCAAAAAUGCAUUUUAGUUCAUUACUUUACAUUUGUCCUUUCAGACUUCCCACCUAGCUGUAAGAAUGAACUAAAAUAAUCUGUUCUGAAAAACACAUGCCUUAAAUUUUGUUUGAAUUUUUUUUAAAGCUUUUGUUGGCAAAAAUUUCAAAAAGAUGAAUGUUCUUUAAUAAAUAUUCUCAGUAAAACAAAGCUUGACAAAAUGCAA